GCUAGUAUCUGACCAACCAGAAGGUAAAUACUGCUCGUUAAACUACACAAGAUAAACGGAUAGCAAAUCAAUACCCAGAAUACGAUGAUUGUACCUGCAGUUUCUUCUGCCACAACCAAAACAGUCGCCGGUCUUCUACUUCUCAUAUUCGGCGGAAGUAUUCUCUUUUUUGCGAUUGUUGUCACUGCGGCCACGACACUGACCCGAUUGAACUGGUGGAUAAAGCGUCGGCGAAACUACCAAAGAAGUAUGGAUGUUUUUGGCAAAGUAGAAAACACGCCACUAAAGGAUCGCCUUUUCUACUAUACCGACCUAACGAUGGAGGCUUUGUCUUUAAAGUUAGCUAAAAACGAACAAACUGCUCCAAACCAAGUCAACAAAGUUAGAAUUAGGGCUAACUCUUUCUGCAGAGUCGGGAUCGAAAAUGCGGACCUACCGCUACGUUUUCAACCCGAGAAGUUGUAUGGAGCAACUUCUACUGUUCAUAGACAAAAUAUACAGAGAAAAAGCACAGCGUUUCUGGAUGUGCAACCAGCGAAGUCCGUCAACAGGAGAGCCUCCAUGGUGGACCACUUAUUAUUCCUUGUCAGAUCGUCUGGUAAACCAACAGAAACUGCUCAGAAGUUUAAGCAUUCACCUAGGGAAUCGCUUAGUCAGCCUCACUGGAUAACGGCAGGUUUACCACAGAUAGAUGUGACGUGUGUUCAAGAUGAAUUAACUGUUGGGGACAGCUGUGUCAAUCUGCCCACUUCUGGAGCUGUUUGUAUGAGCCCCGUGAUUUCAUUACCAGCUAGAAGAGCCUCCUCCACCAACUUUGAGCUCUCUACUUGCAGGACUGAUGAUAAAAGCUACAUAACAGGAUUUAAUUCUUGUGAAGAAACUGAGAUUGCUCCUUUGAGUGCCGGUUCGACGGAAUCAACCAAGGAAAGUAUAACAAAAACGCCAAAGUCGCCAACAUAUCUGUUAAGCAAACGGUCAAGUCUUAGUGAAACUGCCGAUCUGCGUCCGUCCAUGUUCCCCCUUAAGCACAGUACUUUGCGGCCCAAGCCUCGUACCAAUGAGGUUCCGAGCGACUACGACAGUAGCAAAGUUACUCUUCUAACCAGCCAGAUACAUGAAGAGGCUACUGAGAAGGCACAUAUUCCAAGUACCAUGGCUAUAAGCGGUGGAGCUGCGCUUAUGGUAAUCAAUCGUGAAAAGAGUGACAGUCCGUUUUCUAGUAAACUUAUUAUUCAGCCAAAGAUAAUUAAAGGAAUGCAGUUACAAAAGCCGUGGCAGAAAACCACAUGCACGCUGGAAUUUUUCUUUCAUGGCAAAGCAAAUACCCAGCAAAAUUCCCUAACUUGCAGGGAAUGUGAGUUUGGCGUAGUGCAUUUCAGCGAAGACGCUCCUGUUGGGUAUUAUCUGUGUGACACACCUUGGCCAGAAGGGAACACGGCUGAGCUCUGCGUUCAUGUGUACGAAUACCAGCAUAAGUGGUCCGGGGGAAAAGCGCAUUAUUAUGGGUCUGUAAAAGUCAACUUAACAGAAAUAUUUCUUGGAAAAGCACUCAGAUGGUAUCAACUGGAGCCAGCCUACCCAAUAAUUCGGAUCAAAGCAGAUUUUCUGAUUUCCCUGUGUCACCGGCCAGUAGAAGGUGUUAUUAGUCUGGGCGUGCAUGAAAUCCGGAAUGCGGAGCUUGUAACUCUCGGACCUUGGAAGCUGGAAAGGCUGAAAGAAGAAUCCAUCAAAAACCAUUUGGAUCUCGAUGUUCACGCGUGUCUCACCUACAAGGGCCGCAUGGUGAAAUCUAAGAAAAGUGUGAUUGUUCAACGGCCUUGCCACAAGAGUUGGGCCAGUGCUAUGCUGUCGAAGAGUUCUGCCGAAUCCAAUCCACAGGAUGAUGGGGCACAUGCAUCUCGACUGCUUUCUGGAGACCACGUUGUGCAAUUAUCGAUCCCCAGUAAACGUAGAUCAUCCGGAACUUCACCUCUCUCCUCUUAUGGAAUCUUAAUUUUCGUCGCUCGUAAAAUAAAUGUUGCCAAUCGACUGACAUCAGAAUGCAUCGACCAGCUGAAAUUAAUUGGUCUAGCUGAGGAAAAAUCCCUGUACGCCAUCGGAGAGUGUUUCGUGGGUGAUGAAGUGUCGCAAGUGGAAUACAAAAGAGAAACCGGUCAGAUGCCUAUGAUUGACAGCCAAUGUAACGCUCUGUGGAACGAAGCUGCCAAUCACGCAUCCAGCAAGAUCUAUCAAUGGUUAAGUGUGAAGUGAUAAAGCAGCAAAGCGGUUGCUAAUAUUGUGCCCAAUGAAAUCUGUCUGUGUCCUAAUGCCCCUUGAAGUUGACAUGGCAUCUGAUUUCACAUGUAUACUGUGUUUCAUCAGCCGACUGAGUUUCAUUAUUAGGGUACAGAUCGCAUGUUUCAAAUCGCUUCGAAGUAACCAAUCUCGUUGCCACACAUCUGCAUCAAUUUCAGCAUUUAACACCGUGAUCCUACGAAAUAUACCAUCUUCUACCGUUGUUU